AUCGGACUGCAAGCUCAACAUAUCCAUCGCAGUCCAUACCAAGAAACCAAAGCUGUUUCCGAUCCAAUUCCACCGAGACUAAUUAUCGAUCUACAAUCCUCCUCCAAUACAGAUAAUAUAUAAGCAAAAUGUCUCACGCCGCCCUAGGAAUUGCAGAGACCAUCCAAACCGCCUCCAUAAAACGUCAUCCCUCACCGCGACACGACAUCAACCCAUCCACAGCCGCAUCGGAAAAACUGCCCUACGAAGAUGCAGAUCACUCAGACACAGCAAGUAUCGCAACAGAUAUUCUUGAUCGACCCGCUGCUCUUCGUCCAGCUGCUCGUCGACGAGAUCUUCCCCCCUUGCCGGAUUUGAGGUUUGAGCAGAGUUAUUUAGCUAGUAUUAGGGGUGCGGAGACAUGGCAGCGCGUGACUUGGAUUACUAUCAGAGAUCAGGUCUUUCUUCCGCUGAUACAGGGUACACUCUGGACCCUUGCGCUCUGCGGAUGGCGGUUCUGGAAUCGCAAUGCUCAACUCCAUGGAAACACGCUCGGAACACGGCUACGGAGGUGGUGGUAUGGAGUGAAUAAUUGGCCUAUUCCGCCUCAGGGUAUCAAGUCAAAUAAGAAAUUCGCUGAGCGAGUUCAGGAUUUUUACACUGCGCAGUUUUCGAGUGAUUGACUAGCCGACUAUGAAAUUUGAGUUUCAACUAUAUUAUGGGCGCUUGAUAUCGACCUUAAAAUUGCAUUAAAGGGCGUUCUGGGCGUUUAGCGAUUGAUUCAAUGUCCUUCUGUGUUAAAUUAUCUGCAGAUUAGCAGUUUGUAUAUCUAUGUUAUCUCUGAACGGCGCCUACUGUGGAUUAUUUAAUGAUUUGAACUCUAGAAAGUCUUCAGGUCCUACCGCGCCAUUUCGUGAUGGGCUUAAUCCAUUCCUGGAUUCAACCGUGCUCAUGUGAAUUCCAUAAAGUUCUCCUAGUAAAACACCCGCUAUAA